CGAAAAGAAAAGAAAUUCCCAAAAACCAAAACCAUGAAGUUCCAGGCCACCGCCCUCGCCGCCCUCCUCCUCCCCCUGGCCGCAAUGGCCAUGCCAAACCCCAACGCCAACCCCGAGGCCAUCGCCGAAGCCGUCCCCGCCCCAGACCUCGAAAUCAUCGAGUUCCCUGUUGACCUCGACCUCGACGCCCGCGACGCCGAAGCCGAUAUCUCUCCCGAAGCCCUUGGCUUAGAGAAACGCGACAGAGCCGUCUGCAAGAUCGUCAACUCUGGCUCGGCGAGCGUCAAGUGCCGCAAGGGCCCUGGCUUUAGCUACGGCGUCGAGGCCUACGUGAUCCCUGGCAAGGCGUAUGGGUUUGAUUGCUAUAAGAAGGGGUCUUGCUAUAAGGGCAAUUGCACUUGGCAGAGGAUUACAUGGAGUGGAAGGACAUGCUAUGUUAAUGGAUAUUAUACUGACAACAAGUGCACUAUGGCGUCUCUUGGGAAGUGCUAAGUAGGCAAAUAAUUUGGCUUUUGGGGUUAUAGCGAACUACUAUGGAAAGCAGGAGGAAAUAAUGGUGGGGUGCCUUUUAUUCUAGUUACAAAACCAGGGGUUGUCGCGGGGAGUAGCAUAAUAUUUAUAGCAAGGGACACAAAUGCGG